AUGUCUGAAGUUUCUAAAAAAUAUCAUUUUGACGUAACAAUGUCAUGCUCAGGGUGUUCAGGAGCCAUUGAAAGAGUAUUGAAAAGAUUAGAUGGAGUAUCAUCAUUUGAUGUUUCAUUAGAUAAACAAACUGUUGAUGUUAUAACUACUCAGCCUUAUGAAACUAUUUAUAAUACUAUAGCUAAAACUGGGAAGAAAAUAAAUGGUGGUAAAGAAAUUUCCUAA